AGAAGGACAUCUUCUUUUAAUCGUUGCCUCUUGGUAUCAUCAACACCGUCAUCUCGAAACGGCCUGUGUGUGCGCGCCCGCUGCUGCGUCACCCCGCGUUACUCUGUGUGCGCGCUUGAUCUUUACAGUGAUACUCGUGUUUGUUUUCUGCUUUGCCUCGUGCGUGUUAUUCCUCCUCUUUUAAACUCAGAUACAUCCUCUCAUAGACGCAGACACGCUCCCCUACACGUAUUCGCAUUGGCACAGAAACCCCAAGGAAGAAGAAGAAACAAGGUACACACAGUGUAUCUCCUUCCGCGGAUCACAGCACACCCUCUGCGGGACGUGAUCGCUGCUCUUCGCUGUUGCUCUCUAGGCCACCAUUUUUUUUUUGCGGAGGACGACACGGAAGCUUCUUACCGACACGCCUUUCCCCUUCUGACAGACAAACACAGAUUCAUACGUGCGUAUAUAUAUAUAUAUAUAUCCUUUGAUUUCGUGUGUGUGUGUCUUUCCAUUACAGUUAUCCAUAAGCAGCGCUCUUUCUUGUCUUUUUUCUUAUUGGCUCAGAGGAGGAGUCUGUCCGCAUCGGCGCGAACUCCGCCAGAUCCUCUUUCCCUUUUCCCCUCUUCUUUUCCGCCUUGUACUCCUCCAGAGACGCCCUUCCCCGAUGCCGCGGCUUCACGCCUCCCACCGCCGCUUCGCGCAGACGCCGCUGCAGAACACCGCAGAAGCGACAGGUCGCACCGGCAACGGCCAGUUGGUGUUGACGGCACCGCCACCGCCGCCGCCGCAGCGGCAGCAGCAGCAGCUCGAGGACCGCAACAGACAGCAUUCACGCCCUCUACGGAAAGGCGGUGGUGCUCUCGCGGAAGAACAUCAGCAGCAACAGUUAUCCCGAGUCGAUAUUGUGGCAGAACCACACGACGCGAGCUGUUGCUUCUUUGCAGAGGUGGAAGGGACGGCGGAUCGGCCUCUGCGUCGGGCAGAGUUCUCCGGGCCGGGUAGCGUGGGAGACGACGAUGAUGCGACGACCACCACCGCCACGGUGGCCACUGCACGCAUAUUGGAAAGCCUAUUUGCGGAAGAGGGUGGAGGGAGAGAGGAAGCCAACGCGCCGACUUCUCUGCCUUCCAUAACGGCCUCUCCCACCAACAAAGGCGGCACCAACACCGAUCAGCAGACGAGUGUGGGCCGUCACGGUCUCCCACGACGACGCGUGCGGCCCACCGCCACCAUCAUCGCGAAUACGUUCACUACCGGUCUGCAGAACAGCAACGACAGACACAGCAGCGGCAAGCGCAGCACUGAUGACUGGCAACGAUCGUCGAGUGAAGACGCUGAGGAGGAGGAGGAAGAACUCUUUGCUGAAGGAGUGGUCGAUGGGCGCGCGGCGCUUCUCCCCAGUGCUCCCUGUGCUACUCUUGCUGCUGCGCCACACGCACACGCGGGCGCUGCGCCCGCCCUCUCCGAUACCUCCAACUCCCCCGCACGGGAGGGCGGCCACGACGACGAGCCGAUGGCGGAUCGACCGUGUGCGCUGUCACAGCUACGAGCACCACCAGCUGCGGCAACGUCUCACUGCGUCGCUUCCGCCUCCAUCAUCACUGCUCCGUCAGCGGAGAUGCGAAGAGAGGUGCCUCCGGUAGCGGAUCGGAGAGUUCCGCUGGCGGAAGAGGAGAAGCGUCAAACCGGCUGGAGGUGCACGACGACGUCGCUGAUCUCGGGCAGCUCCUGGCGUGUGCACGUGUGGGUGCCACGGCGGGUGGAAGCAUUAUGCGAGCCGGCAAGGAGGACGGCGACCUCUUCACCUUCCUCCGCUGUUCCUCCUCCCCCUCUUCUACUCCCCGCCACUGGGGAAGCAACUGGAAACGCACAGCGCGGUCCACAGCCGGUCAUCUGGCGACGUCCGGACUCGCCGCAUCUCCACCCGCAGCGCACGGUCGAGCACGCAGCUCUCCACGCCGCGCCCUCCCCGCUGUCGUCGACGCAGUGGUGCGUAACGGCAUUCGAGGUGGUGGAAGUGUGUCUGUACACGGCGGAUUGCCUUCACACAAGAUGCCGUGUCCGCGACACUCCCAGAAGCAGCAGCAGCAACAGCAGUAAACAGAGCACCAACAGUGAGUCGGACGAGCCGUUGAGGAGCGACGACGACGAUGACGAUGACAGCGGUGGCGACGCUGCGGUCCCGACCGGGGUGCCGGAAGCUUCACGAGUACCCCUGUCCGCUACAACCUAUCGUCAGACCUCCCCUCCUCCUCCUCUCCACUAUCGCGGUUGUCAGGUUGGGUAUAGAGGCGCGCCCACUACGAGCAGAGAAGGGCGGGUGGAGGAGGAGGAGGAGGAAGAAGCGGCAGCGGCGGCAACGGGAGGUGGAAAGCGCAGUAGAGCAAUUGUAGGCUGUCAACGUCCUCAGCGCGCCAGCAGCAGCAGCAGCGGCAACGAUCGCCGUGUCCGCCGCGUCGAGCGCGGAGGUGGCUGUACUCUAUGCAACGCAGCUCAACCGCACGCCGGCGGAGGAGAGGGAGGAAGUCGAGUCAACACUUUCUCAUCCUCUUCAUUGUCUCCUCCUCCCCCUCCUUCGUCUUCUCCGCGCAAUUCGGCGUGGGUGCCGCUACGGGCAAAGCUUGCCACCGACAUACGCAUUACACUGUCUUGGCUUCUGCACGCGUGCACGCUACCGCCGCUCGCCUCAACGAUGCUGACGCGCUGCGUCGAAGCGUAUAUUAACACUUGUGUGGUGGUGGCGGUGGUGGGAGGGCGGCAGGCAGCGGCGACAACAGCGCCGUCCAGCACGCCACCAACGACGUCGCACGAGCACGCGCCAUCGUCUUCUUCCUCUGUCUUCUCUCCUCCAUCCUCGCCGCAGCCGGUGCCUUUUUGGAUCGCUGCCUUCGCCUACACGCACGACAUCCAAUCCCGCGCCACCACGUUCGCGUCGCGUCUUUUGCACGAAGCGGAUGUCGCCCCCGCAGCGGUGUUGAACUCUUCGAGCAACAAAACGGCCAGCACGACACCGAUCAGCAAACCUCCGCCACAAGGAGCUAUCAUGCGUUCGCAGCGCUCGCCGCCGUCGGCUGCCACGGAGACGGUGACGUGCAUCCUUUGGCCGCAUUGGGUGCCCGAUGUGCGGUGGAGUACCCAGGUCUUGACGGCGUUGAUGUCUGCUGCGUUUGUGUUGAUCAACGACGUGGCGCAGGCGCUGACCAUCGCGACAACAUCCGCGGCAACGCCGGAACAGUUUGGAAAACAUGCUGAUGCUGUUUCCUCGUCUACAGCAGACGGCCGUCGCGGACACUGCACCAUGCUGUGCGAGUCUGGUCCUGGCAUGACGCCUCUCGCCGCGGCAUCGUCACCUCUGGCGGCACUCCUGCGCCGCUUACACGAGUUCCACGUCUUCUGCGAUAUCGUCUUCGGCGAUGCGGAGAAUAAGAAGCUGUGUCGACACGUGCGAGAUCGGCUGCCGGUGCACAUCAGCGAUCUGAGUGAACUGCUGAGCCGCCCGUGGUGUCAGACAGAGUUUUCGACAGAAGCAAAGACGAAGUCGGCGACGGAGACGGCGGAGGCGACGCGGACAACGGGUGGAAAGCGCGCCUCUCCCCCAUUCGAUGCGUCAACGACCGCUGACGAGGACGGUUAUCAUCGCACGCACGUCUUCCACCCACCGAUACCGCCGUCUGCGUGUGAUGUGGGCAGCGGACAGGCGCGUUUGGCGUGUCCUCCGCCUCUCGCCGCCGCCGAUGGGAGUUCUCGUACGCGAUUCACAUCAUCAUCAACGGCGGCGCCUCAGACGUCUGCCACACGAUGGCCGUCUGUGCUCGACCUCGUCCAUCACCUCGCCCACGCGUGGAUGCGGCAGUGCUUUCCAACCCUGGCAAGUGACCUGCAAGCUUUCUUAAUCUCGCACGAUCCCGGUGUCAUGGUAGAUGAAUGGAACCGCAGGGGAGACGGCAACAACGCACCGCCCGAGAGGGGUGGGGUCGACUGCGUUGCCGCUUCCACGAGCACGCAAGCACGGAACAUCAGGAACGACGCGGCAGACCGACGGGCGUGUGCUGACGGUGCGCAAACGAAGCUCUUCACUGCAGCAUCACCACAGGAUGAUCUCCACGACCGCAUGUACCGAUGCAUUCACGACUUUGUGCAGGGAGUGCUGCAUCGCUGGGGGCGGUGGUACGACACAUCCGGCGCGGCAUCGGCAACGGCACCGCGCUUGCCUUCUCCGGCUUUCGGUGUGUCGCCGGCGAAGGCCGCAACGUGUGCGUACGGCACCGAUUUGCAGUGGCGCGCCCACGUGAACUACGCCACAAUGCAGUCGCUGCAGUGGCUUCUCCUCCGUCAACGCAGCCGGCUCUGCGUGCCCAACGCUCUCGAAGCCGACUCCGGCAGCCCCACAAACCCGUCUGCGGUCGUCGUGGCAGAUGUAAAAGCGAUGCUGGAGCAGCUGACUCUUCUCCCUACGCUGUUUGGAACUGUCUUGCGUUCGCAGGAGAUACGUAGCGGCCUGCGGUGUGCAUGCGCAGAAGUAGCAGCGACGGCGGCAGAGAAGUUAACGGCGCCGCACAGCGUGGAUGACAGCAGUGACAGCUUUCACGCGUGCUUUCGGUUGUUUUGGGGGAUGGUCUGCUACGGCGCGUCGAUGCUGCAACAUGAGGAUGUCGUUGAUCUUCUCUGCGCGUUGCCGCAGCCUUCCUUCUCGCCGGCGAGCUCCUCUACGCCUCGCCUUUCCAAGCUCCACGAUGGCUCCGCAAGCGCGGUCACCGCCGGGACGCAGCGGCAGCGGCAACGGCUGGCGUGUGCUAUGGAGACCGCAGGUGGGGUUUGGAAGGAGUGGAUUCUGCCGUUGCUGGCACGCUACUUCGAAGGCAGCCGCAGCACGGAGCGCCACGACAAUGCGGGAGAGCACGCCGAAGGUGAAGUCGCGGAGGCAAAUGCCGCCGACACGCACGCGGAAGCCGCGAGGCGAACGGAGGCGUUCACGCCACCCGCCCCGUUGGCCAACGCCGCCUGCUCUUCUCCUCCGCGCCCCGCCUGCAGCGCCCUCGACGUGGCGGAUCAAAUGGUGAUGUACGCACUCACCCUUCUCCGGCAAAUCCGCGAUGCGCAGCGGGGUGUCGCGACGGGCACACGAACACCACGAUCGCCACGAGCAACAGCAGCAGCAACAACAAGCACAACCACGCCGUCCGUUACGUCCUCUCGCAAGCGACACCGUCACUGCUCCACCUCCGCCUCCUCCUGCACAACGAACCGUCGGCAUCAACGCAGCUUUCCGCGUCGUCGUGUUUGCGGCAGCGGCGACAUCGGUCUGAUGAGCCACGCAGGUCAAGGUGUGUGUGUCCGUCCCUGUGGCGAAGACGGAGAGGUGGACAGCAGCUCCUUGUGUUCGCCGCGCAGUGUGUCGUCGAGCGCCACCUUCUCGACCGCAACGGCGACAACGACGGUGGCGUCCUCGCUGGCGCGCCACAACCAGUCCAGCUGCAUCGGCGGCUGCGGCAUCGACACGAAAGGCCGCACCACGCCGAACGCAGCAGGCAGUGGUGAGGGAGCUGCUACGCAAAAUAGCUUGGCGGAGAGAGCGACCGGCGCGGCAGCAGCGGCGGACGGAGCUGCGUCUGCGAUGCGUGUUGCGGGAGAGAAGACGAGAGCCGCACCCGAGCCGCGGCGCAGCUCCGCAUGGGUCAUCCCCUCUCUUCGGUGUUUCACAAAUCGGAACGACACGCACGCUGCACACCCCGACGUCCGCCGUGACGCUACAGAAUUGUCUCAUCAUCCUUUACCCGCCUCUCGUACGACGUCUCCGGUGGAGCCUGACUGGCGCGACGUGUGCCGCGUGGUGGCGCAUCAGUGGAUGUCACGCCCCUCUCCAUGUUCGCCACAGAAUAUGUUUCCACACAGCACGACACCGCAAAGCAGUAACGGCAGCGUUGGGCACGUCAUUCACCGUCGUGAUGUUCGCUUCACCCGUGCAUUUUUGCUGUGUCUGCGGCAAUGCAUCCAGCAACUUCAGGAACAGCAGCAGCAACAACAAGCAGACCAAGAUCAGCAGCAGCAGCGGCAGCGCGAAGGAGAAGAGGACGGUGCGCAGACGCACGCGCACGGCCAUCUGAGCGGUGACGACAAUGCCCAUCACCACCACAGCAGCGGCUUCCGCUCCUUUUAUGAUUACCUUUACGGAGUUCUACCGCCGGGGCUGCGCGCUGAGGAGGGCGGUGUGAUGGUGCUGGAAGUUGCGUCAUCGUCGUCGUCGCCGCCGUCUUCUUCUCCCUCGCUCUCUCCGAUUUCGAGUCUGCUGAGGAGAGGGGCCGGUGCACAACGAGUACAGCACAGCAUCCGGCGACGCGCGGGUCGGCGACGUCAUCCGCGGAGACUCCACAGCACUCAUCACAAUCAUGAUGAUGAGGUGUUACACCUGACGAGCACCGAUUCCUUGUCCGCUGACAGCCAGAGCAGCGCCGACUCUGCCAAAGCAACGAUAACAGAAGGCGCCGACGACGACGAAGGACAGGAUGGGCGCGGGGGUGCCCCGGAUACCGCUGCGUCGUCGCUACGGACGCCCUCCUCCUCCACGACCUUCGUCUCCUCGCUGUCCGCGCCGUCCCCGUCGACGCCGUGCUCUUCGGACGGUUAG